AAAAGGCAAUUAAUGACAUAGUAUACCCACAGAAUGUACACAAACCUGAUACUAUUGGUCUCUUUUGUUGCCCAAAUUUGGGCAGCUCCAAAUAAACAAAAUGAUGGUAUGCACCCCCAUCUUCCCGUCAAUCCAAUUGGCUCUCUUAAAGUAGACCCCGCGGAGGACACAUCUGCGUACUGGAACGAAAAUGCUCAGAAAACCGUUCAGGAAAUCAUCUCCAGACAACUGAAUGAAAACGUGGCGAAAAACGUUAUUCUUUUUCUUGGGGACGGUAUGUCAAUACCUACAAUUGCAGCCGCUAGGGUAUACAACGGUGGUGAAGAAAUUCAGUUAGCUUUUGACAAAUUCCCAUAUAUGGCAUUGUCUAUGACUUAUUCUGUCGAUAAACAAGUACCUGAUUCAGCAACCACUGCUACGGCUUAUUUGGGCGGAGUUAAGGCUAACUAUGGUACAAUAGGUGUAGGACCAGAAGUACCACGUGAAGAUUGUCUUGGUAUGCUAAAUGUAUCCAACCAUGUACUUUCCAUAGGAUAUUACUCUCAACUACAAAAUAAAAGAACUGGUUUGGUAACCACAGCAAGAGUUACUCAUGCUUCUCCGGCAGGAGUUUACGCACACACCGCAGAAAGAGACUGGGAAGCAGACAGUGAUGUCUUAGACAGUUUUAAAGACCCCACAGUCUGUACAGAUAUUGCUACUCAACUCGUCUAUGGUGAAACUGGGAAAAACUUGAACGUGAUUUUUGGCGGAGGACGAAAUCGACUUUUACCAGAAGAGAUAGAAGAUGAAGAAGGACACGACGGAAAGCGAGUUGAUGGUGUCAACUUAAUUGAAAAGUGGUUAGAACAAGCAGACGACCGACAAUACAUUUGGAACCGAGACCAACUGCUGGCUUUGGACACAUCUAACGUCAGUAGCAUUCUGGGUUUGUUUGCUCACGCCCACAUGGAUUAUAACUUAGACAGGGACACCACCAUGGACCCCUCGCUAGCUGAAAUGACCAAAGCCGCUAUAGAAAUUUUGAGUACAGGUGACAACGGGUACUUUUUGUUUGUAGAAGGUGCUAGAAUAGACAUGGCUCACCAUGACGCUGAAGCCAGAGUUGCCCUCGACGAAACUAUCGAAUUUUCAAAAGCUGUUCAGGCAGCUGUUGAUUUGACUGACGAAGCUGAUACGUUGAUUAUUGUGACGGCAGAUCAUGCUCACACUUUGAGUUACAGUGGGUAUGCUAGUAGAGGAAAUGAUAUUUUAGAAUUUGGGGGAAAUGGCAUUGAUGGUAGGGUGUAUACCACGAUCAAUUAUGCUAACGGUCCUGGGUAUAAAAUGAGCGAUGCUGAUGGUUCAAGGCAUGAUAUUAGUGAAGAUGAUUAUGGUGAUGACCAUUAUGCUUUUCCUUCGGUUGCACCACUAGAUUCUGAAACACAUGGGGGUGAUGAUGUAGCUGUUUAUGCUCGAGGGCCAUGGGCGCACCUUUUCACUGGAAAUCUGGAACAAAAUGUUAUACCACACUUGAUGUCUUAUGCUUCCUGUGUGGGUACAGGUUAUACAGCUUGUGAUGCUGCUAAUUAAAUCCAAACACAGUUUGCUGUAAAUAAAUAUAGCCUGUAUAAAUUUGCAAUAUACGGAAGUUGUGGAAAA